CCAAGUGGUGAUGCUGCUGCUGCUGUUGCCUCCGCCGCUGCCGCCUCUGCUGCUGGUACUCUAGUGAGGCUGAAGGGUGGAUCCUAUUCGCAGGGUCGCCAACCGGAGAGGGAGGGGGAAAAAAAUCCCAGCAGCCGCUGCUGAUGUUGGGUUCGGAGGCUGCAUCCGACUCGGUCACAAGGAAAAUGGAUUCAGUUUGCAUCUCCCUCUCCUUUCAACAUCUUCUCCGGGUCUCAACAUGGGCUUCCAGGACAGCGGUUGAGGAGACCUUACCGAGGAGCACCACGCAGUAGAUGCAGAGACGUCACAGUCCAGGAUAAGAAACAGUAACAUGGCAGCACCUGUUUGAAAGGAAUUAAAAACCAACAGACUCCAUUUAGAAAGGAACAAUGUCCAAGAAAGGGCGAAAUAAGGGCGAGAAGCCCGAGGCACUCAUUGUCGCCCUUCAAGCUGCCAACGAAGACCUCAGGACCAAGCUCACAGACAUUCAGAUAGAGCUGCAUCAAGAGAAGUCCAAGGUAUCCAAGCUUGAACGAGAGAAGACUCAAGAAGUGAAGAGGAUUCGGGAGCUGGAGCAGCGCAAGCACACGGUGCUGGUGACGGAACUCAAGUCCAAGCUCCACGAGGAGAAGAUGAAGGAGCUGCAGGCCGUGAGGGAGAAUCUCAUCAAGCAGCACGAGCAAGAAAUGUCAAGGACGGUCAAGGUGCGGGACGGGGAGAUCCAGAGGCUCAAGUCGGCGCUCUGUGCUCUCCGGGACGGCAGCAGUGACAAAGUAAGGACAGCGCUCACCAUCGAGGCCCGCGAGGAGGCCCGGAGACUGUUUGACGCCGAGCGCCUUAAGCUCCUCCAGGAAAUUACGGACCUGAAAACGGCCAAGAAGCAGGUGGACGAGGCUCUGAGCAAUAUGAUCCAGGCGGACAAAAUCAAGGCUGGGGACCUUCGGAGUGAGCACCAGUCCCACCAAGAAGCCAUCUCCAAGAUCAAGUGGGAGUCAGAGCGGGAUAUUCGCAGGCUGAUGGAUGAAAUCAAAGCCAAGGACAGGAUCAUCUUUUCCCUGGAAAAGGAACUGGAGACCCAGACAGGCUAUGUACAGAAACUCCAACUGCAGAAGGAGGCUUUGGAUGAACAACUCUUUCUGGUCAAAGAAGCUGAGUGUAACAUGAGCAGUCCAAAACGAGAAAUUCCAGGAAGGGCAGGAGAUGGCUCUGAACACUGCAGCAGUCCUGACUUGCGAAGAAAUCAAAAGAGAAUAGCUGAAUUGAAUGCUACUAUAAGAAAAUUGGAAGACAGGAAUACCUUGCUUGGAGAUGAACGAAAUGAACUGUUAAAACGCGUGCGGGAAACUGAAAAACAAUGCAAACCUCUCCUGGAAAGGAACAAGUGCCUCGCCAAGAGAAAUGAUGAAUUGAUGGUGUCCUUGCAACGCAUGGAAGAAAAACUGAAAGCUGUUACCAAGGAGAAUUCGGAAAUGAGAGAAAAAAUAACAUCCCAUCCACCUUUGAAGAAAUUAAAAUCUCUGAAUGAUCUCGACCAAGCUAAUGAGGAACAAGAAACAGAGUUUCUAAAGCUUCAGGUCAUUGAGCAACAGAACAUUAUUGAUGAGCUCACAAGGGAUCGAGAAAAGCUCAUCCGUAGGAGAAAGCAUAGAAGAAGUUCCAAGCCCAUCAAGAGGCCUGUUUUGGACCCAUUUAUUGGCUAUGAUGAGGACUCCAUGGAUUCAGAGACAUCAUCCAUGGCCUCGUUUAGAACAGACAGGACACCAGCAACUCCCGAUGAUGACCUGGAUGAAAGUUUAGCAGCUGAAGAAUCUGAGCUACGAUUUCGACAAUUAACAAAAGAAUACCAGGCCCUGCAAAGAGCAUAUGCCCUCCUACAGGAGCAGACUGGGGGCAUCAUUGAUGCUGAACGAGAAGCCAAGGCUCAAGAACAGCUCCAAGCGGAGGUGCAAAGGUACAAAGCCAAAAUUGAAGAUCUGGAAGCGACUCUGGCUCAGAAAGGGCAGGAUUCACACUGGGUAGAAGAUAAACAACUUUUCAUUAAGAGAAACCAGGAGCUUUUAGAAAAGAUAGAAAAGCAGGAGGCAGAAAAUCACCGGUUACAACAGGAACUACAAGACGCCAGAGACCAGAAUGAGCUGCUGGAGUUUCGAAACCUAGAGCUAGAAGAAAGAGAGAGACGAUCCCCUCCAUUUAAUCUCCAAAUUCACCCAUUCUCAGAUGGUGUGAGUGCUCUACAGAUCUACUGUAUGAAAGAAGGUGUCAAGGAUGUGAACAUCCCUGAUCUCAUAAAGCAGCUUGAUAUCUUGGGUGAUAACGGGAAUUUAAGAAAUGAAGAACAAGUGGCAAUAAUUCAGGCCAGCACUGUGUUGUCCCUUGCAGAGAAGUGGAUCCAGCAAAUCGAAGGAGCAGAGGCUGCCCUGCACCAGAAAAUGAUGGAAUUGGAAAGUGACAUGGAACAAUUCUGCAAAAUAAAAGGCUAUCUGGAGGAAGAGCUAGACUACAGAAAACAAGCUCUUGACCAAGCAUACAUGAGAAUCCAGGAACUAGAAGCUACUUUGUACAAUGCCCUGCAGCAAGAAACUGUUAUCAAGUUUGGUGAAUUGUUAAGUGAAAAACAGCAAGAGGAGCUGAGGACGGCAGUAGAAAAGUUACGGCGGCAAAUGCUGAGGAAGAGCAGAGAGUAUGACUGUCAGAUUCUUCAGGAGAGAAUGGAGCUCUUACAGCAAGCCCAUCAGAGAAUCCGUGACUUGGAAGAUAAAACAGACAUCCAGAAAAGACAAAUAAAGGAUUUAGAAGAAAAGAGUAACCGAAAACAUGGAUAAGACUCCAGAAAGGCAAAUCCUUUUAAACCUUCAAAGAUGGCAAAAUUGUUUACACCAGUGAGAGGGAGAUCAAAAGCAGAGACAUACCCUGUAGCCAGGACUACAGCUGUGUAUUUUAAAGCCAUUAUUCAAGGUUUCUUACUUGACAGUUCCUACAUGACCCUGUUGAAAAUCUACAAUAUAUGCUGCAUUUAAUGAAACAUGUAUAUGUCAAACCAGAAGAAAAGAACUAUAAACAUAUAUUGUGUAAAGAAAAAAAUUCAGCAAUGGAACCAGUCUCAGCAGAGCAAGCAAAGAUGUGUCUUGGGCAUGGAACCAAAGUUACAAUGAAACAUUCAACCCCUGCUGUGCAGGGGGGGUCAUUUUAAUGUAACACCACACCCCAUGGAAACACUAGUUCUGUAAAUAAACAUCAUUUUAAAAGAUCAAAACAAAAAAUCAAGGGCGGGUGGGGAAUGAAGCACGAGGAAUACCUAUGAGGAGCUAUUUACAAUAAAAUGUUUCCUUUGAAAAGUC